AUGGGUUCACGUGAUGAUGAAUAUGACUACUUGUUCAAAGUGGUAUUAAUUGGUGAUUCGGGAGUUGGCAAAUCCAAUUUACUGUCGCGGUUUACGAGGAACGAGUUCAAUCUGGAAUCGAAAUCAACAAUCGGAGUAGAGUUUGCAACAAGGAGUAUACAGGUUGAGGGGAAAACAGUAAAAGCUCAAAUUUGGGAUACAGCAGGGCAGGAAAGAUAUCGAGCAAUAACUUCUGCUUACUACAGAGGUGCCGUUGGUGCACUGCUAGUGUAUGAUAUCGCUAAACAUGUUACAUAUGAAAAUGUCGAAAGAUGGCUCAAAGAAUUACGUGAUCAUGCGGACCAGAAUAUAGUGAUAAUGUUGGUUGGAAAUAAAAGUGAUUUGCGUCAUUUACGCGCCGUGCCUACCGAUGAGGCAAAAGCGUAUGCUGAGAAAAAUCAG